GUCGUGAGCCGUGCAACACCACUCCCCGCUGCGUCGCUGAGCCUGCUUCGAAGCCCCCAAGCGUCACCUGCAGUUGGAUCCGCGAUCCCCAGCUGCCCAGCAUGGCGCCGCCGCCACACAGCAAGCCUGAGAAUACUCUCAAACGCGCCCAAGAACUCAUCGGAGUGCAGCAGCCGCAAGCCGCGCUACAGCUCCUCCACGAGCAUGUCAUAUCCAAGCGGACCCGCAACAGCCCCAUCGCCUCGCUUGAGCCGGUGAUGAUCCUCUUUGUCGAACUCUGCGUAGAUCUCCGGAAAGGCAAACUCGCGAAAGACGGCCUGUAUCAGUACAAGAACACCGCGCAGAACACCAACGUCGGGACUAUUGAGCUUGUGUUCAAGAAGUUCAUCGAACUCGCCGAGCAGAAAGUCACCGAAGCGCAGGCCAAGGCAGACGAGGUGCAGGCCUCGCUCGAAACCCCUUCCACUACCCAGAAUGUCGACGAUCUGGAAGCCUCCGAGACUCCCGAGUCUAUCCUGCUGUCUACGGUCUCCGGCGAGCAGUCGCGCGACCGCACCGACCGAGCUAUUGUAACGCCGUGGCUGAAAUUCCUCUGGGAGACCUACCGCACGGUUUUGGACAUCUUCAAGAACAAUGCCCGCCUGGAGAUUAUGUACCAGUCGACUGCCCACCAAGCAUUCCAGUUCUGCUCAAAGUACGCCCGCAAGACCGAGUUCCGCCGUCUGUGCGAGCUCCUGCGGAACCACCUCCAGAAUGCGGCCAAGUUCUCCAACCAGAUGCACGCUAUCAACCUGUCGGACCCAGACACGCUGCAGCGCCACCUCGAUACCCGUUUCCAGCAGCUGAAUGUGGCGGUGGAGCUCGAGCUCUGGCAGGAGGCCUUUAGGAGUGUCGAGGAUAUCCAUACCCUCUUGAGCUUGAGCAAGCGCCCGGCAAAGAACGUCAUGAUGGCCAACUACUUCGAGAAGCUCACGCGUAUCUUCUUGGUGUCCGAAAACUAUCUGUUUCACGCUGCAGCCUGGAGCCGGUACUUCAACCUCCUCCGUCAGUCGGCGACAGCCGUAGCAUCUGGACAAAGCCCCAAGAAAGACAAUCCAGCCGUUACCGAGGCUGACAUGACUAAAGCUGCCUCUUUCGUCCUUCUGUCUGCCCUUUCAAUCCCGGUCAUCAGCACCUCGCGAUCUAGGGGUGCUCUAGUGGAUGUCGACCAGGCCAGGAACAACAAGAACUCCCGCCUUACCAACCUGCUGGGAAUGUCGCAGGCGCCUACGCGUGCCAUCUUGUUCAAGGACGCCCUCAGCAAAGGCCUUCUCAAGCGAGUUCGCCCAGAGAUCCGCGACCUGUACAACAUCCUUGAAGUCGACUUCCACCCGCUUUCCAUCUGCAAGAAGAUCUCCCCCAUCUUGGCUAAGAUCGGCGCGGACGAGGAGAUGAAGAAGUACAUUGGACCGCUGCAGCAGGUCAUCCUCACCCGUCUUUUCCAACAAUUAUCGCAAGUCUACGACUCGGUGGAGAUUAAGUUCGUGCUUGAUCUUGCACAGUUCCCGGAUCCAUUCCAGGUGUCUAGCGGAACCAUUGAAAAGUUCAUCAUGAAUGGCUGCAAGAAGGGCGACCUUGCUAUUCGAAUCGACCACGCUACUGGCGUCCUUACCUUCGACUCCGAUGUGUUCUCUUCUGCCAAGGCCAUGCAUCCUGGCUCAGGUGCUGGCUCUGCUGAGGGCGAGGUUCGAUCCGUUCAGCGACUCCAGAGCACUCCUGCAGAGAUCGUCCGAUCCCAGCUCACCCGCCUUGCCAAGACUCUGUUCGUCACUUGCCAGUACGUAGACCCCGGCUUCAACGCAGAGCGACAGAGGGCAAAGGAGGCCGCUCUUCUCCGAACACAGCAGGGCGCCGAGGCGGAACACCGGGAUACGCUUGCCCGCCGCGAAAUCAUUACGCAAAAGAAGGAAGCCGCCUUGAAAGCGCAGCAGAUGAAGGAGAGCGAGGAGCAAACCAAGCGACUCAUCCGCAUUCAGCAAGCCAAGGAGGAGGAGAGCCGUCGCCUUGCCGAAGAACAGCGCCAGCGCGCAGCACAGCGCAUCAAGGCAGAACAAGAGCGUGUGCAGCGUGAGGAGAUUGAGAAGCAGCUCAAGGAACUCAAGCAAGGCACUAAGAUAGACAUUGAGAUUCCGGACGACAUCUCCGAGCUAGACUCACAACGUAUUCGGGCCAUGAAGCUGGCUGCUCUCGAGAAGGAGAAGAACCUGCUCGGCGAGCAACUACGUAUUGCCGGCAAGAGGCUUGACCAUCUCGAGAGGGCCUAUCGCCAAGAGGAGAUCAAGCACCUCAAGGAAGACUACAAGCGCCAGAUGAAGGCGGAUGAGGAAGCCUACGAGAAGGCAAAGGCCGAGGAACUGAAGGAGGCCGAGCAGAGACACAGGGAAGAUGUUGCACUGAAGCACCGCCUAUCAAGGCUUGUACCAAGCUACCAGGGCUUCGUUUCGACAGUAAAACAGCAGCGUAAAGCCGAAUUCGAGAAGCGCAGCAGGAUCGCCCAGAAGGAGCUCGAGCAAAAGAAGGCGAAGCGUGUUCAGGAGAUCAAGGAAAAGGCAGCGAAGGAGAGGCGAGAGCGGGAGGAAGCAGAACGCCGGGAACGGGAGCAGGAAGAGAGGGAGAAGGCAGAAGCCGAGGCUAAAGCAAAGGCUGAUGAAGAAAGGCGUCAAAAGUUCGCCGAAGAGAAAGCGAAGAGGGACGAGGAGAGGAAACGGUUGGACGAGAUAGCGCUUCUCCAACACCAGCGAGAAGAGGAGGCGGAAGCCAGGCGUGCCGCAAAGAAGACAGGCGCUGGCGCGUUUGCAGAACGUCCCGUCUCCCGCGAUCAGCCAGAGCCCUCUGCUGCCGCUGAUGGACGGCCGAAGCUCAACCUUGCCGGUGCCAGACCGUCAUGGCGUGAGCGCGAGGCCAUGAAAGCUGCCGGUCAAACCCCACCGCCUCCUGCCGCUGCCGCUGCCCCUGCCGCUGCCCCUGCCCCUGCGGCUCCUGCUCCUGCUCCUGCUCCUGCUCCUGCUCCUGCUGCCGCCGAGGCCGAGCCUCCCAAGAGAACUGGCUACCUUCCGCCUGCACUGCGCAAUCGCGCUGAGGGAAGCCCUGCUGGUGGAUGGAGGGAGCGCGAAGGCAGCGGGCGCGGUGCUACCGGUCGUAACGAAUCUCCUGUUGCUCCUUCUGGUCGUUACGAGCCUCCUAGCGCUCGUGGUCGGUUCAGUGACCUGGGCGAUAAGGCCAGGACGCAGUCUCCAGCCUCUGGUGGAGGGUACGUGCCACCCGCGCGCCGUGGUCUUCAACAAGACGCCCCCCGGGGGCGAGAAACUGAGCGGGAGGCUCCGCCGCCUGCGCAAGGCCCCAGCGAUGGUAAGUACAGGCCGGGUGCCUUCAGGCGCACUCAACAAGGCUAGUACAUUGGCCAGUGAGAUUAGUGUGGCGUGGGACGUGGGAACCUGGGUGGUGUGCUGUGCAUGAUAUCUCAGUGCAGCGUUCAUUUGCCUACAAGGUAUAUUCGAAGACGAUUCAGGAGUUGGU